AUGGCUCUCCAGGGUUCGCCCGCCACCACCGUCGCCGGCCGCGUCGCCGACAAGGCGUGUGGAUCCGGUCUCCGCCGCCCCGGCCAUACACCGGCCGCACCACACUGGAGGCCCCCCUUGCCCCGACUCCACCUCUUCCUGCCCGACUACACCAGCCCUGCCCCAUCUCCUACCUUUGAGAAGAUGUCAAAAGCUAAUUGGAGUCCAGAAAUGACCACCAUUUUUUGCAAUCUCACUGCUAAGGAGAAGGAAAAGGGGAAUAGGCCUACCAAAUUUUUGAACCCUGUUGGAUACAAGAAUGUAGAAGUUGGCUUCUUUCAGCAGACCGGAAAACUUUACAGUAGGCUGCAGUUCAAAAAUAAAUGGGGCAGUUUGAGGACCUUGUAUAGGGAUUGGCUGAUCCUAAAGAAUACAUCUACUGGACUUGGUUGGAAUGAUGAAACGAACACCGUGAUUGCUGAUGACGAAUGGUGGAAGAAGGCCGGUGAAGAAAACAAGGACAUCUUGCAGUUUCGUAAAUGUGGUCCUGAAAAUCUGAACCAAAUGAGCAUCAUGUAUGCGAAGAUCAAUGUUAUAGGAGGAACUUCUAUGAUGCCAGGUGGUGAGCAUGAAGUGCUUGAUCUUGAAGAAGAUGAAACCGAGGAGGUAGAAGUGCAGACUACACAAGCCAAGAAGGCAAAUAAGGGGCCAUGGAAGAUAGAUGGAAGCUCUAGUAAAAAGAAUCCUAUUCAAAGGGACUUCAAGCGCAUGGUUGACCACUUGAUUAGUGAAGAUGUUGCAAUGAACUCACAUAAGAAUAGUGUUGCUACUGAAAUUGAAAAGAUUAUGGAAGAAGUUCUGUCAUGUGGAGCUGAUGAAACAAGUGAUGAGUACUUCAUAGCAACCAAGUUGUUUGCGAAGUUUGAAAAUCGUUGUUUCUUUAACAAUAUGAAGACUAGCGAAGGGAAGAUGAAUUGUCUUAGGAGGAUGUAUGAAGAGCAAAAUAGGCAUUAGGAUUACACUUUAGACGUGUGAUCAUGAAUAAGUUAUUCCCUUCCUUUAUGUUAUGUCGCUUGAGACUUGUUGAACUAUAUUUCAUUUCUUUUUAUGUCACUUGAGACCUGAUGAACAA